AUGACUGGAGAUUCUUCGUUCCACAGCUUGUUUCGUGGUUCUCCAAGUUCAAUCUUUCAAAGUCCUUCGCCUGUUUUGCUUCGUCAAUAUCGAAACCAAGCCUCUGGUUCGAAUCGAAACACUACCGGUACGGAGAAGGAAAAGGAACGCCGUGACAACUCAAAGACGUCGAAGACUAGCAACAAGAACAAGAAAGGAACCUCGAACAACACGACGGGAUCGGUGGUUAACGAUUCGGACGUAGAAGUCAUUGAACCCAACGUUCAGGCCGUUCGUGAUGAUCCGUUUGCCAAAUCCUCUUCCAGCGACAACGGCGACAAUGAGAUUGAAUGCACUGGAACGAGUGGAAUGAACGCCAUCGUGGAUUUCCCUCACCAUCGCGACCUUUGUGUCAUUUACAAAUUCUCCGAGGGCAAUCACGCCAGCUUUUGCGAGAAGUGCUAUUGCGUCGUCUGCGAGAUUCCUGCCAGCGAAUGCAAGAGCUGGAAUCUCCACUGCGAUCGGCGAAAUAGUCACUACAAAGAACGGGAGGCCGAGCAGCAACGACAUGAAGAUGGUGCGCUAGCCCGUCUUGAGAGCUUGCACGGCAAUCGAACCAUGGACUAG